CAUUUAAGUAAAGUCUACAUAUAUGAUAUAUAGAAACAAAUCGUAGUAAUGCACGGACAACUAACUAAUGACAGUGUCAUAUAAUAGCGUGUAAAAUCCUAACCAACUAGUUUUUUCCUUUUUACUUUUUGAUUAUAUUUUUUAAUGAAACUAAAGUUAGUCUAAAAGUCAAACACUUCAAAAACUCUAACUUUAAAGGUACUUUAAAGUUUAUAAAACCGAGCAAAUUUUUUGUUGUAUUAAUAAAAUCUCAUCUAUGUAUGUUAAACAGUUUAUUAAGAUUUAAAACUUGCAUUUGGACUGUACACCAUGUGGUGCACGGCGCGGUCACUUUUCUAUUCGUUCUGCCAUCGGCACAGCACAGGGAAGAGACUGCUCGGCUUCGGCUGCCCCAUCGUGAAUCUCCAACGACGAUGAAGCAGGGAAUCCAUGGAAGCGACAACAUCUCACCACUCCACUCCAAGGCGUCUCCUGAAGCCCUGCCCGGCGGCGACGCGACCCAGUUCCCAAUCACGGGCGUGGCUGGCACUGGCAGCGGCACCGGCCAUGCAAGGGGUCGGAACAAGCUGACGCUUUUCCCCCUCAUUUUCCUCAUCUUCUUCGAGGUCGCCGGCGGGCCAUACGGCGCCGAGCCGGCGGUGCAGGCCGGCGGGCCCCUCCUGGCACUCAUCGGAUUCACCGUGUUCCCAUUCGUCUGGGCCGUCCCGGAGUCUCUCGUGACCGCCGAGCUGUCGACGGCGAUGCCUGGCAACGGCGGGUACGUGGUGUGGGUGGACCGCGCGUUCGGGCCGUUCGCGGGGUCCCUGAUGGGCACGUGGAAGUACGUCUGCAGCGCCAUCGGCGCCGCGGCCUUCCCGGCGCUGUGCUCCGACUACCUGACGCGCGUGGCCCCCGCCGUGUCCCGCGGCGGCGCCAGGGUCGCGACGGUCGUCACGUUCAACGUCGCCCUGACGCUGCUGAACUGCACGGGACUGAGCGUCGUCGGCUGGACGGCCGUGGCGCUGGGCCUCGCGGCGCUGUCGCCGUUCGUGCUGAUGGUCGGCGCCGCGCUGCCGAAGGUCCGCCCGCGGCGGUGGGGCGCGACCACCGCCGCAGGCGGCAAGGACUGGAAGCUGUUGCUUAACACACUGUUCUGGAACCUGAACGGCUGGGACAGCGUGAGCACGAUGGCCGGCGAGGUGGAGCGGCCCGGAAGGACGUUCCCGGCGGCCCUGGUGUCGGCAGUCUGCAUAGGGUCUCUCGGCUACGUGCUGCCUCUCUUGGCGGCCACCGGCGCCGUCGAUGCACCGCCGGAGGCCUGGGGAGACGGCUACUUCGCCGACGCUGCAGGUCUGAUCGGCGGGAAGUGGCUCAAGUACUGGACGGAGGUGGGCGCCGUGCUCUCCUCCAUCGGCCUCUACUCCUCGUCGAUGAGCAGCGCGGCGUACCUCCUGGCGGGCAUGGCGGAUCUGGGGCACCUCCCGUCCCUGUUCGCCGCGCGCGCCCCCGCGUUCGGCACCCCCUGGGCCAGCAUCAGCGUGACGGGCGCCAUCGCGCUGGGCAUGUCCUUCCUGAGCUUCGACAGCAUCGUGGCGGUCACCAACUUCCUGUACAGCCUCGGGAUGCUGCUCGAGUUCGCGGCCUUCGUCUGGCUCCGCGCCAGGCGCCCGGACCUGCCGCGGCCCUACCGCGUGCCCCUGGGCACCGCGGGCGUGGUGGCCAUGUGCGCCGUGCCGUCGUCGUUCCUGGUGCUCGUCAUGGCCGUCGCCGGGUGGAAGGUGUGCGUGGCCAGCGCCGCCUUCACGGCCGCCGGCGUCGUGGUGUACUAUGUCAUGGCGUUCUGCAAGGAUCGGGGAUGUUUAAAGUUUGGCGCCCGUGCAGAGGGAGAGUACGAAGGUUGCUAACA